CAAUGGGAUGGGGUAAACAACUAAACAUCACCCUUUUGAGGGUGAACAAAUUUAAGAGCCUAAUUUGUCCCUCGUGCCAAAGUUUGACACAUCGGCAAAAUCAACCGAGCAUAGUUCUGAAUCUUGAUUCAGCAAUUCAUCAUCAACUGAUUCCGCCAACGAACCUCCUCUGAAAUUCGAACACGAGCAGCAAUCUGUACGAGGAACACAUAGCAAUUGUGGUUUCCUUCAGAGUUGGAAACUAGCAAUUUUACUCUUCCCACCUUCAAAUAAGAGGCUCAAAUGACUUAGGGUUUACAGUGAAUCACCCACAGCUCAACCUAGAAACCAACGUGAUAAAGCAGGGACAAUGGCAUUUUGGAGCCGAUUCAAGGAAUCUCAGAUCAGGGUCUUGUCAAACGGACUAAAAAGAUUCCAUCUUCAAACACAUAAUCAUGGUCAACUGCAGCAUGGUGGUACCUUGACACAUGCCAUCUGCCUUACGAACAGUCCCAGUCUAACUAACCGCGCGAAUCGGGGCGAGAUUCUUAACAGCGCCAGGUUCUUUGCUGCACCAGUGCAGGCUCAUCAGAAGGAAGAGAAGGACAAAGAUGGAUGUAGAUUGAAUGAGAAGAUUACUGCACCUUUCGUUCGUCUAGUCACUGAUGAAGGUCACACUGUAGUAUCAAGGUUUGAGGCUCUGGAUCGGGCUAAGCAUUGUAAUCUAGAUCUAGUGGAGGUCGAUCGAGCAGCUGAUCCACCUGUCUGCAAGAUUAUGGACUAUCAUAAAGAAACCUAUGUUAAACAUGUAAAGGAUAAAGAAAAAGCUAAGAAGAAGUCUGAUUUGACUUUAAAGAAGGGUGGUUGCAAGGAAGUCCGGUUUCACUGUAAAACUGAACAAAAGGAUCUGAAGACUAAAGCAGAUACAAUUAAGAGAAUGAUGGACAAAGGAUAUCGGGUUAAGUGUAUGGCAGUGGGCAGUGGUUCUGAGAAUGAGAAACUGGGAGAGGUGCUGGCACAUUUUUCUUCCCUGAUAGAAGAUGUUGGGUUAAUAGAGAGCGGUCCCCAUGUGGAAAAGAAGCAGGCAUAUAUUGUCAUCAGGCAUGCCAAGUUUGGGCCAUUAAAGAAGGGUUCACAAAAGAAGACAGCUGCCUCUAAGGUUGGCCUUACACUUUCAGCUAUUGAUGACGAUCAAGAAUGUGGAGUGGAGGAUACUGAAGCUGUUGGGGAUGAAGAUGGCAGCAUUACAGAAGAUUUGACUGAUGAAGACGUGGAAGAUACGUUUGACAGGAGGGCUUUCGAUGAGGGUAGAACCGUCAUUAACCAGCCAGUGGAGAGAGAAAAUAAUAGGUACAGACGAGAAUCACCACCACCACCCCUACCAGUGACUGCAUCUUCAUCACCUGCGGCGGAGAGAGAAAAUAGGUACAAACGAGAAUCACCACCACCACCAGUGACUGCAUCUUUAUCGCCUGCAGCGGAGAGAGAAAAUAGGUACAGACGAGAACCGCCACCACCACCAGUGACUGCAUCUUCAUCACCUGCAGUAGAAAAUAGGUACAGACGAGAACCUCCACCUCCACCGCCACCACCAGUGACUGCAUCUUCAUCACCUGCAGUAGAAAAUAGGUACCAAAGGGAGACCACGCCACCACCAGUGACUGCAUCUUCAUCACCUGCAGUCGAAAAUAGGUACAGAAGGGAGACCACUCUGCCGCCGCCGCCACCGUCAUGGCGGGCAGCACCUUCUGUUGCGGGAGAAAAUAGGACUAAUUAUAACAGAAGAGAACCACCACCACUGCCACCCCCACCCCCACAAUUUAAAAUGAAUCCUUCCCUGCAUCCACCUCCAAGAAGCUCAUCAGAUUCCAAUUUCUUGAAUACUAAUAAUAGGUCUUCUCCAUCAGGUGGUACUCAUAGUAGAUCUCCCCCCUCAGAUUAUAGUACCUUCAAUAUCCCAAAAGCUGAAAAUGCUCCUGCAGAAGGGAAUGUAGCAGGAGUUUAUAAUAGAUACAAGAAAGAAAAUAGGGGUAGUUCUGCAAGAUAUUCAACGGACCCUUAAAAGGCAGGGAAAGUGAUUACACUUAUUUGUUAACUGUGGAAACUCAACAAUGGAUUGCUGAGGUCUCUUCCAUUUGAGAAGAUCAGAAAAUGCGGUUUAGAAAUUUGUUAAUAAUUGAUUCUCUUCUCAUGUCCUAAAAUAAUUGUGCCGCUUAUACUACAUUGAUUUACGCAUUGAUUUGUAUUGAUGUACUUGCUGCUUCAUUUUAUUUGCGUUUCACAAUUUUAUCUUUUCUUGAAGUCUCGCUUCUGCAUAAUGAGAUGCUGGAAUGCUGGAUAUCUGCUUUGUCACAGUUAAAAAAU